AUGUCUGCCCAGCCACAACAACUCCUCACCUCCUCCUCACAGCUCCCCACCUCGCCUGCCCACCAACAGCCCCAGCCCGUCCCCAAGACUGCCACCAAGCAGAAGAAGCAGCUCCGGGGGCCCGCUGGCAACAUGGAGCUUUUCGAGUGGCAGGCCACCAUGCACACAUGCCAGGCAAUCAAUGUCGACGGUGAACGAUGUGGUAAUUCGAUCACCAACCCGCGCCAAAAUCGGUUCUGUCCCAACGGCUGGCACUUUGAAAACGCUCGUUACGACAACGUCGUCGAAAUGGUCGAGCGCCGCAAAGCCGCAGACGAAGCCAAUGCUAUCCGCCGCAAGGCUGAAAUAGCCGAACAACUCGCCCUGUUUGAAGCCCAGUUCACCCUCACUUCAAACGCCGACAAGGCUUCUUCCUCUGGCUCGCUGCAGAGUCCCCAAGUCGUCACCUCGGCUCUGCCGCAGCAAAGACAGUCGGGCUUUUCGACGACAUUCCGGAGAGGCGGGCUUUGGUAA